GCUCUCCUCCUCCAUGAGGCCUGAGUGAGGUGCAGCGCCGAGCCGGCCCGCGGCGCCUCCCUACCCCCCGCCCCCGCCCCCUCAUCCGGAGCGCAGCGGCGGCGGCCCCCGGAGGUGGAGGAGGAGCAUGUCGGACGGUUUCGAUCGGGCUCCAGGUGCUGGUCGGGGCCGGAGCUGGGGCCUGGGCCGCGGAGGGGGCGGGCCUGAGGGCGGCGGUUUCCCGAACGGAGCGGGGCCUACGGAGCGGUCGCGGCACCAGCCGCCGCCGCAGCCCAAAGCCCCGGGCUUCCUGCAGCCGCCGCCGCUGCGCCAGCCCAGGACGGCCCCGCCGCCAGGGGCCCAGAACGAGGUCCCCUCCGGCUCCGAGCGGCCUCCCCGACCCGGGGCGCUCCCAGAACCCCCGAAGCCCCCGAGAGCCCCGCCCAGUGCACAGGAGAACCCCCCCGCGCCGAACCCCGAGUCCGCCAUGGCCAAGCCCCAGGUGGUGGUGGCUCCCGUGCUGAUGUCGAAGCUGUCUGCCAACGCCCCCGAAUUUUACCCCUCAGGUUAUUCUUCCAACUACACGGUGAGUGCGCCCUUUUCCUUGCCGCUCUGGGUUGAUCGGGCCGGGAUGAGGUGGUCAUCCAUGAAUCGACGGGCCUGCGUCUUCUGCCCUCCACAUAACGCCACAUCUAUUCCAAAUUUCUCUUAUAUGGGAGCUCGCCUGUGUAAUUACCUGUCCCAUCAUCUGACAAUUAGCCCCCAGAGUGGCAACUUCCGCCAAUUGCUACUUCAAAGAUGUCGGACUGAAUAUGAAGUUAGAGAUCAAGUUGCAAAAGGUGAUGAACCAACUCGAAAACGAUUUCAUGCAUUUGUACUCUUUUUGGGAGAACUUUAUCUUAACCUGGAGAUCAAAGGAACAAAUGGACAGGUUACAAGAGCAGAUAUUCUUCAAAUUGGUCUUCGGGAAUUGCUGAAUGCUCUCUUCUCUAAUCCUAUUGAUGACAACUUAAUUUGUGCAGUAAAAUUGCUGAAGUUGACAGGAUCAGUUUUGGAAGAUGCUUGGAAGGAAAAAGAAAGGACUGAUAUGGAAGAAAUUAUUCAAAGAAUUGAAAACGUUGUUCUCGAUGCAAACUGUAGCAGAGAUGUAAAACAGAUGCUCUUGAAGCUUGUAGAACUCCGAUCUAGUAACUGGGGCAGAGUCCAUGCAACUUCAACAUACAGAGAAGCAACACCUGAAAAUGAUCCUAAUUACUUUAUGAAUGAACCAACAUUUUAUACCUCUGAUGGUGUUCCUUUCACUGCAGCUGAUCCAGAUUACCAAGAGAAAUAUCAAGAGUUACUUGAAAGAGAAGCCUUUUUUCCAGAUUAUGAAGAAAAUGGAACUGAUUUAUCAGGGGCUGGUGAGCCAUAUUUGGAUGAUAUUGAUGAUGAGAUGGACCCAGAAAUUGAAGAAGCUUAUGAAAAGUUUUGUUUGGAAUCAGAGCGUAAGCGAAAACAGUAAAGUUAAAUUUCAGCAUAUCAGUUUUAUAAAAGUUUAGGUAUGGUGAUUUAGCAGAAUACAGGAAAGCAAGAAAAUAUGUUACACUUAUACCAAAUUAAGGAUGUUGAGUUAUGUUACUAAUGUAUGCAACUUUAAUUUUGUUUAACACCAUCUGCCAAAAUAAACUUUAUUCCCUAUAACUUAAAA